AUGCUUGCCUAUGAGGCAUUCUUAGCGCUGCUUCAGACAUUGGAUGCCAACAUCAGUGAGCUAGUUGUGCCGAAAGAAAUGCUUAUUCAACAAUCAUUGCCGAAGAGAAGGGUGCGGUGCAUGCCCUUAUGCGUUUGCUUGCACCUGUCCUAUGGAUGUGAAAAGUGGAAUAAGCUGUGUGCAUGUUCAUGCAGCUCUGAUGUACACAACGUCAGGACGCCGUUCGCAGCGAGACGAAUUUCCUCUGUAUUUGAUGGAGAAGUUGAAAACGAGAAUAAUGGACAGUACAGCAGCGACGGAGACGAAGAGAUGAUGGAAGUAGUGGUGGAAGAUGAUGUGGAAAACGAGUCGGUCGCAAGAAGUUCGACAGAUGUAGAGGACCGCCACAAAGAUAUGUUCCAAAGGAUGGAAAUGGUUCUUAUAGUUAAUUUACGCAUAUGCUUGUUGGCAGAGAAUGUUGGAAGGAAUGGAGACACUACUCGCCUUGCUCGCCGUCAUGACGUACCUUCGGUCGGCUGCCCUCAAGCGCUGACUCCGAUAAGGAAACUACAUAAGCGUGCCCACUUACGCAAAGCAGAAGAGGCUAAGCGAAAGCCAGUCCUGGACAUUCCAGACUGUGCGCAGGACGAGAGGGACGCGUGUGCUGUAUGCCUUCGGAUGCAGCCUAUCACUGGUAGCACAAACCAUCGAAUUUGUUGGAUUCAAUGUCCAACAUGCGAAGAGUGGAUGCAUACUGACUGUAUCAGCAACAACGUGUGCCCUCGUGACGGAGCAGAGUUGCGGAGAAGUGAUGUGUAG